CUUCUAAUCAAUCUGGCGAUAGGUUAUUCGAAACUUCGUCAACUUUGUCGAGCCGGCUAUCUAAAACGACAUAUGCUCAAUGUGGACGAAUACUCCUCCGUGGAGGCCUUACAAUUCGACCGACAUCCGCGGCUGGAGGUUCAAUGCCUUCAAUAACUAAGAUCUUGGAGAGAACCUAGGCGUCGCAAAUCGUAGGGGGUGUUUGGGGGGUCGGGGGGUCUUGAAGCUAUCAUGGCUCACACUCUCGUGCCAGGUUGGCGCGACUUCAAUGGCCAAUUCCUAGCUUAUAUCAUUGUCUGCGGUUUCCUUGCUGUCUUUUUCCUGCUAUACUUUAAUAGAGUAUUCGCCUCAAUCAUCUCGUACAUAAUUCGCACUUAUACGUGGCAUACCUAUCGGAUCUAUAUCGAUAUUCAAGCCUUGCAGUGGUCCUUGCUUGGUGGACGAGUCUUCUUCACCGGUCUUCGAUAUCACGGAAAUAACGAAACGAUUCUUAUCCAGAAUGGGCAUAUCACUUGGUCAUAUUGGUUGCGUAGAGUGCGGGAUGUUGGAAUUGGCGCAGGGAAAAAAGACGUGAAGCACGAAGACGGUAUUGCGCUGGACGCUAGUAAACAGCCGGAGCUCCCCUGCCGUGUCAAUAUUGUCGUUUCCGGAUUGGAAUGGUUCGUCUAUAACCGGAGUGCUGCCUACGACUCAAUGCUCAAUGCGAUGACCGAGAGCCCUCCGCCUGAACCCGCCGAUAUGCUUAACGGAACUGAUGACCUCAAGAAUGGCUCUGCCAAAUUGCGACAUCGACAACGCAAUAGCCAGGAACAGGCCGAUCAUCACAAGGAAAACGGUAUAGGUUUCGCUGACGAGAAAAAUGGAUUCGAAACUCAUCACCAGAGGACCUUCAGCUCUAAUUCUGUCUCUGGCAGUAAUCGUGAGACAGGCGAAAAGGAGGAUCUUCCCUUGCUACUACAGAUAUUCCCAAUACAUUUCAGGUGUGAUAAGGCUGCUAUGGUUAUGGGAAAUGAGAAUACCAAGUCUAUUUUAAUCGCGAAGGCUAAAUCUUUGUCGGGGGAAAUUGACGCAAGCGAUUGUCAGACUCCAGAUCCGUACCGACAACUCUUCAAAAUUCAGCUCGAGGAGCCUGUAAUUGAGAUGAGGGAGAACGAAGGAUAUAAGGAAGAGCAACUCGCCAAGGCACAUAAAGAUCAACAGACGGCUAAGGACUCCCAUCCUGUCCAAAAUAGACGAUUCUUUCGAGCACAACGCCGUAAAAUGCUUGGCCAAUUACGUUACAUGAUUCCGUAUUGGAGGAAAUCUGUCGAGUCCUUUUCAGUGACCUCACGAGACGGCGGGGACGGCGGAGAAGAGCCAGUUGACACUCGUAUUCCUGGUUCUAACCAAUGGCAGGGGCUUUCUCGAUACCUCAAUGACGAUGACGAAGAUGACAAGCUUAAAUGGUCGUCGGUCGAGUAUGGCUGUGUGAAUACGGUGGCUGAGAGCCCUGAGGCAACAGUAACAAUACUGUGGGAUGUUCCUGGGAGAGUCACACCGCAGAGCGCUUUACACUCCUCUAACGGCGAUGGCUCUUCGGAUAACGUUAAUGGGAUCACAGCGCCAGCCUGGGCGAUCAGCCUAUCGUUGAAAGGCGGCACACUCCAUUACGGACCUUGGGCAGAUAGACAGCGAGCUGAACUACAGAGGGUAUUCUUCCCGGGUUUAUGCAAAGACGCCGUACCUGCGCAGAAACUUCCGCCCGGCGCAUAUCGGGUGCCUACACAAUUCAACUUCUAUCUAGAACUUGAAGAAGAGAUCAUACUUAGAGUGCCUACGCGCGAAGAUUCAAAAAAUUGGAGAUGGAAGAAGGAAGCUCUCACGUUGCAACAGCACCGCAAGCAGGGGAGUAGGCGAGAAAGGGGUCGCGAUCGGAAGUCUGCCGCAACCACAGCAGCAGAACAGCGUCCUUGUGGGUGGCUCGAUAUUAAAGUUGCGCCAAAUGCCACGGUCUCGUAUAUAAUGGACAUGCUUGCCAGGCCAACUGGGUAUACGAAUACGUUAAAGAUUGACCUUCCUGCAACCGAGAUCUCAACGAGCGUUAAUCAUGGGCUCCUGUGGAAAUCUGGACGCCAGCAAAUAUCUUGUGAUAUGUCUACCCCUCUUAAGUGGAAUGCCCUUCGGACUUGGCGCUUCAACAUCGACAGUGAUGGCCUUGAGCUUUUCAUUUUAAGAGAUCACAUAUUCCUACUCACAGACCUCAUAGACGAUUGGGGCAGCGGGCCACCUUCGGAAUACCUUACUUUUACCCCUUUCAAAUACCUCUUGAACUUGAAGUUUCGCAGUCUGAAGCUCUAUCUCAACGUCAAUGAUGUGAACAUCGUCAACGAUCCCACCAACUUUGAGGAGAACACAUAUUUAGUGAUUUCUAGCCCAUGCUUGGUAGCAGACACUUGCAUACCGAUAAAUAAUUAUCGACCCCCGCUGAACGCAAUACCAUUCCAAGUUACGGCCGAACCCCUUCGCGUUGACUUACAUGUUCCUCCAUGGAACACUCAAGCGACGUUCUUGCCCUCGAAAGAGAUAGGACACCUUGAAAGUCUAACUCUCGAAGGGAAAUACUAUUAUAAUUCAACGACAUCGCCUGCAAACACUGAUACCCUUGUCCUCGACGUUGGUAUACAAUCUCCUACGGCUUUUCUUUACGGUUUUCUUGUUCGAUAUUUCUUACAGCUGAAAGACAAUUACUUCGGUGAUCACGUCCAUUUUAGAACCCUAGACGAGCAUCAAGAAGCCUUACGAACCAAAGAAGCGGCGCCAGAUUCCCAGUCAACAGAUCGCCCUCCGCAUAAGAAGUCGAACGAUAUGGACGUCAUAUUGAGCGUCCGUACUGAUGAUCCAAAGAUUUUCUUGCCCGCCAACAUGUAUUCCCCCAAACGUCAUAUACCCAUAGAGGCUGCCUCUCUGGCCAUCGAUCUCCGUUUCACGAACUAUUAUAUGGAUCUUGAGCUCUGUUUUAGCCCAUUAAGUCUUUCCCUUGGAGACGACGACGAAGGCGCCACUAGCCCAAUGAGUGCCAUAUCGAGCACCCAGCUAUUUAUUGACGGUAUUACUAUCUACGGACAUCGCCUGUUUGGUCUGCCGCCGGUUGAGCCCACGUAUCUCUGCAACUGGGACUUGAAAGUCGGAGCUGUCACUGGUGAUUGCUCGACCGAUUUUAUAGCUAGUCUUAUACGAGGAGGAAAGGCAUUCGGCUUCUCCCUCGAUGAUGACGAAAAUGCCCUAAUACCAUACUCGUCUAUAAUAAUGUACGAUGUGACGUUUUUGCGAGCUUUUGUUGAGUCAGUCCAUGUUUGGAUGCACGUGGACGAGGCAGCAUUCCUGUUCUCUACGGGGACAUUGGACGUACAGUUCAACGAUUGGGCGAGGACGCAUUAUUCCCGACGUGCCGAUAUCAAGGUGCCUGAUCUUGAAAUUGCUUGUGUCAAUUCAGAAUCCGCUACAAGACAUCGAUCACGACUUCGCUCCCAUGUCGAUACUGAUGUGUUCGUCCGAACCAAUAUACAUUUUGCACUUAUUGGACGGAAGUACGACUUUGCACAGGAGAGACAAUUACAACAAGAAUUAAUACGUCGCCAUGACCAACGGACGCAUCGGACCAACUUCUUGUUACUUCCAGGUCUCCUAGGCGACUUCACGCCCGACGUCGUCGACAAUCCGGCACAAAGCGUUCCUUCAGUCCCUCAACCAGUUUCGUCGGGUUCAGUUGCUGACAACCGUUCGAUGUUGUCUUUAGGCUCCUCGCACCACUCUGCAAAGCUUCGCCGGAAAAGCUCGUUUCUUUCGCUGUCUAGCUCGAACAAUGGUAGUAUUUUAAGACCAGGUUCGGUCAGAACGGCUCAACAGUCUCGGGUUUCUGGCCGUACUGCUAGUCCCACGUUACUUAAAGGUGGCGAGUCGAAGCAAACCGCCCAAGUUCACGAACAUCCGACUUCCUCUACGCACUAUUCGGCGCCAAUGAGUGCUUAUGGGCAACACGGGGACAGGAGAGAUCCACAUCAUACUACCAUAUCAUUUUCGAGCCAAUACUUUGCUCCUUCUUUUCCCUUACAGAGUGUCCAACCAGGUACUAAAGAAGCCAUAUUGCGCAGUAUCGAAGAAAACGAAGAUGAUAAUCUUUUCGGCUCUUCCGAUUUUAGCUUAGAGAACUUCCAUCCUGACCAAUUAAGUCAAGACCACGCUCACCAGAGUCUACUCCUUGAGCUCCCCUCCGGAAUUAGUGUUUUCCUCAAUACUCCAUCUUUACGGUGCAUAGCAUCUCUGAUACGAUCUUUUUCGCCCUCUGACCCUGAGGAUAUCCUUGAUACUCUCCAAAUCGGAGCAGUAACCGACAUAUUCGAUUCUCAAAAAGACACGCGAGUAAACGGAACGGUUACUGAUUUUAUCCUGCGGUUACCCCAGGCGAAUUUGCGGUUCUUGAAUUGCUCUACUUUUGAUUCCGACGAUUCUUCCCAAGAGCCACAAGACCAGUAUGACGUGUCGCUUAAGUCACUUGUGCUUGCUACACGGUCUGGCUUACCCGCCAAGGACGCCAGUGGUACUCCUAUCGUCGGCAGCUCUCAACUAUCGUUUCAUUUUCGUCUUGCUUCCAUGGAACUCUCUGCUGCCGAGAGGCUCACAAAUCUAGACCAGAUGCCACAAGCCGCGGUAUUAGCUAGGAUAGAAAGGAUUAUGGUCUCUAUGGGCUCAAAAGAGGUGAAUUAUAUCGACGCCGACAUUGGUGAUGUCCAUGCUUCUUCAGCUUCGGGCAAGGUUGAAUACCUUGCUUCGCUAAUUCACAGGACGAAUAUACUUGUGUCUGAAACGGCAACCCUUUUCUCGGACACAUUUUCAGCUGGUGAUGAACGCAUGAAACAGUUCACAUAUCGUGUUAUAACUGAGGGACAGCAAGCGAGUGACGCUCCUUUCGUCGUUCGUCCCUCAGCUAUCUUACGGACAGCAACCCAGCAUCUGAGGACCUACGAUUCCUGGAAGCUCGUUACAAGGUUACGCCAAAUGUGGUCUGCUCUCGAUUUCGACGCUAAGGAGAGCCUCAAGCGAGAUUGUCUGUUCGGGUUCUCGCAAUAUCCUGGCGAUGCAAGAUAUCAAGUUACCGCAGCUUUCGAGCGGUGGCGUAGUUGGGAUCUCGAAGACCCCAGACAUGCCGUACUAUUGGAUAACAUUUUUGGCAAAGCUCCCGAGCCAACUUCGAAUGCCUCUAGUCAGAUUCCCACGAUGGCUAUUGCCAGGAUCCAAGAGAUGCAGUUUGUGCUUGAUCCCGGCCCAAAGCAAAAUGAGAUAGUCAUCUUAGAACUCACUGUCAGGGUCCAAGAGAGAAACAACAGCAUUGAAAUGCUUGAUGAGAAGCCUGUUGAUACUGGAGAGCCCCUGACACUUGUUAAUGUAUACUGUGGCGAAGCAUGGAUCAAGACUAACUGGGAACUCUGUGAACUUGCGGACGACAUUCUCCGACUCUACAAGCAAGCAGAUUCAUCAACGUCUGAAGAACCAAAGCCUAAGAAAGAAGAUAUAGCAGAGCACAAACCAUCUCGCCCGCUCCAUGUGGUGUGCGUCCUAGGAGAAAGUGCGAUCUCCUUUGAAGCUAUUAACCUGAGCUCUAGAUUGCAAAGUAGCGACCUAAAGCUAUCAAUCCUUACAAACAGCGGAGCGCGGGGUUCUACGAAUACGAAUGUUAUUCUAGGGUGCGAAUCGGCUACUGCUAAGGUCAAAAGCCAUUCGCAAGCACUCGCUACCGCAAGACUUCAACACCCCAGCGUUAUCAUUGUACACGAUGUGCAAUCUGAUAAGCAAUUCGACACACACACUAUUAAAGCAGCAGCUAGCAGCCAAGACUUCAAAUUUGUUGUUAGACAAGAUCCAAUCGUCUUAGCCGAGGUCCUGGACCUGCUGGUAAAGGAUGAAGUAGCGCAGCUUUACGCCUUAGGACAGAGAUUCCCUUCAAACCCGUCUCCUGAACCCCAGGAGCGUAAGGGAGGACGGUUGUCAACAAUACAGGGCAACCUAGCGAUGUUCUUGGACUCAUAUACGAUCACCAUACCCUUAUUACGUUCUCUUACCUACACUAUCUCUGGUGUUGUUGCGCGAGCAAAUAUAGCCGCCAACUAUGGUAAAGAGAUGAUACUCGAUUUUGAUAUCAAGGAAAACUCUCAUGAUAUGCAGAUCGAAGUCAAUAAUACGCCUCGUAGCAUUUCACUACUACAGAUCCCCCCGACGAAUGGUCGAAUAACAAGUCACACGUCUGCAGAAGAGCAUUCAGUCACCGCGUUAUUCUCACUAGAGCUUGUAGAGCUAGAUGCCUCUGCCGUCUAUAGUUUGCUUACUGCACUCAACCGGCCACAAAUCUCGAACGCUAUCAAUGAUCUUCAGGAGCAAGUCAAGAUUAUACAAGGACAUAUCGACGAAAUAUUUGGUUCCACAGGAACUUCAACGACAGAACCAACACCAGAAUUAGCGUCACCGAAAUCUAGUGAUCCAAAGUUGACAUACACCGUUCACGGCAGUCUCGCUGGGCUUAAAAUAUUCGGUAUCGCACCAAUCAAAUCAGACGUCGAAUUGCGUGCAGGCCUGUCGUUCCAUUUGGAUACGGUGCAAAUACAGGUUGCGAACAAACUAGACGAGGGGGUCAUUCUCGAGAAUCCAGAGAUACAUAUUAAUCUUCACCAGAUUAUGUUCAACAUAGAAAAAGGAUCGGAGACUAUGGGAAUGAAAUCUUGCGGAAAUCUUGCCUUUGGCGCUUUGAUUACUGCCACAAACCGCGAAUCAGAAGAUGGUAAAGAGGUGAGGUCUUUUGAUUUCAAAUCCGACGCGUUUGAGAUAAAUCUCUCGUCAGAUACUGUGUCAACGUCCGUGGACGUGCUCGGCUACAUGGGCGACAAGAUCAAGGACCUCGAUACUUCACGAGAACUUGAAUACUUGCGGAAAUUGAGACAAUCAAAGCCCCGCAUUGCUAUCAACGAUGAAGAGCAGGAGACAGAAAGCGACAUCCUGGACUCAUUCCUCUCAUCCGUCAUGUAUUCUUUCGAAAUCAAGAACAUUCAAGUAUGCUGGCUUGUGUCCCCCCUGAAUCAGCCUACGGUAGGCCAGGAAGACCUAGUGUUGUCAUUCCAACGGAUCGAAUUCGCUACGCGCAAGAAAAACUCGGCGAAGUUAACCAUAGAAGAUUUCCAACUACAAAUGGUUCCGCCAGGUCAAGAUAAAUCACGUCGAUCACUAAAUUCGGCGCUCCUGCCAGAGGUGAUUUUCAAUAUUGCCUUCGUUUCGACAGUUGAUGCUCGCCGACUAGCCUUCCAGGCCGUAGGAAAAUCUUUAGACUUACGCUUGACUUCUGCUUUCAUCGUCCCAGCAGCCCAUCUCCAGGAUUCCAUCAGUCUAUCGGCGAAGAACGUCCAACAAGCUUCAGAACAUUGGGCGCCAAUUGUCAUGCAAGAAAAGCCGGUCACAGCAGUCACGGGGCUCGCUGAUCAAGAGGUCGAGACUAGACGUUCCUUGUUUGGAAGCAGGAGACUUGAAUCACUUUUGAUCGAUGCAGACUUUGCCGGUGCUGUGGUACACCUUACCGGUAAAAGGCCAAUAGAUGACCCAGUUACUUCAGCUGGGUCCAAGCCUAUGUUAGCUGGAAAAUACGGACAGUUCAGUACGGACGAAACGGGCAGCAGCAUGGCCCUUUGCGCCCCUGGGUUGGCCUGGAAGACCGAAUAUAGAGACAACGGUAAAGAAGACCCGACCUUGUAUGGAGAGAUUAAGAUCGCUCCGUCACGCAACAUUCUCUACCCAACUAUUGUUCCCCUCAUUAUGGAUAUCACCACUAGCAUCAAAGAGGUGGUUGGCGACGACGCGGCCGAGUCACCGAUUUCACCGACAAGACCAAGUGAAGAUGCGGAUAAGGACAAAGAUAAACCAAAGUCCACCAAUGAGGACAAUAUUCUCACAGCAGACCCAAGCGCAGUAUUGGGACGUGUGAAACUAAAUCUGGGUCUGCGCAUUUGCAAGCAGGAAUUUACGCUCAGUUGCCAACCUAUCGGCCGAGUUGCAGCCACGGCUCGCUUCGAGGAUAUCUAUAUCACCAUGAAUACAGUCCACGGAGCAGAACACGGGAAUUUCUUCGCCAUUUCCGGCACAUUCACUGGAUUCCACAUGUCCGUACAACAUGUCUACUCUAGGGAAUCCACUGGUAGCUUCCAAGUCGAAUCGAUCGUACUUUCGAUGAUGAAUAGCAAACACGUCAGCGGUACGAGCGGCGUUUCUGCUAUUCUGAAAGUAAGCCCGAUGGAAGUGGCUAUCAACGCCAAACAACUACAAGAUUUCUUACUCUUCCGAGAAAUCUGGAUGCCGAGAGAAGUAAGAUCAAAUACGGCGCCCGUCUCGACGGUCACAGCAGAAUCGAUAGCUCAGGGCCAUCUUGUACAGAGAUACCAACAGGUGGCUGCUACGGCGGCGUUCCCCUGGACAGCUACAAUUUCCAUCGCUUCCUUGGAUGUUCUUGUGGAUUUGGGUCAAUCCCUCGGCAAGUCCAAAUUCGCUAUAACCGAGUUCUGGGUUUCGUCAAAGAAGACGUCGGAUUGGGAACAAAACCUCUGCCUAGGAUUUGCAAGCAUUGGUAUCGAUUGUACCGGCCGAUUAAGCGGGUUCGUUGCUCUUCAGGACUUCAAAUUACGGACCUCAAUCGAAUGGCCAGAACGAGAGGAAGCAUUAAACGAAACGCCGAGGAUCCAGGCUUCAAUUAGCUUCAGCCAAUUCAAGUUGAAGGCAGCAUUUGACUACCAAGCAUUCCUAGUCGCAGAUAUCACGAAGAUGGAAUUCCUCAUGUACAACGUGCGCCAAGAGAAGAACGCCUCAGGCGACAGACUCGUGGCAAACCUUGACGGAGAAGCCGUCCAGGUAUUUGGCACCACGACAUCGGCUUCUCAGAGCGUCGCUUUAUGGCAAGCCAUCCAAAAACUCAUGCAGGAGCGGAAAGCGAGUUACGAGACGUCGCUACGAGAUAUUGAGAAGUUCAUGAAACGGAAGUCGCUCAGCAGCCAACCGCCCGCUCUGCAACCCAGCCCAAGCAAGCCGCACGUCGACAAAUCCGACACGAAAUCCCCUAUAUCCCUCGACACGGACGUCGUAGUAACGCUCAAGGCCCUCAACCUCGGCAUCUUCCCGAGCACCUUCUCGGACCACCAGGUGUUCAAGCUGGAGGCGCUGAACGCGCAGGCGAAGUUCGCGGCGAACAUGGAGGAGAAGCGGAUCCACAGCAGCCUGGGCCUGACGCUGGGGCAGCUGCGGAUCGGGCUGGCGGGGGUGCGGCGGGCGUCGGCGCCCAAGGCGGUCAGCGAGAUCGCGGUGGAGGACGUGGUGGCGAGCGCGACGGGGUCGCGCGGGGGCACGAUCCUCAAGGUGCCCAAGGUGGAGGCGCGCAUGCAGACGUGGCAGGCGCCCGCGUCGCGCCACAUCGAGUACAUCUUCAAGAGCUCCUUCGAGGGCAAGGUCGAGGUCGGCUGGAACUACAGCCGCAUCUCGUACAUCCGCGGCAUGUGGGCCAACCACAGCAAGGCGCUCGCGCAGACCUGGGGUAGGGAGUUGCCGGCUAUGUCCGCUAUCAAGGUCACCGGGGUGCCGGAGCAGACGGGGGACGGUGGCGGCGGCGAGAAGGGAGGGGCAGGAGAAGGGGGGAAGCAAGGAGGGCAGCAGAAGAUCACGGCUGAGGUCAACGUCCCGCAGUCUAAGUACGAGUACGCGGCGCUCGAGCCGCCCGUCAUAGAGACGCCGCAGCUGAGGGACAUGGGCGAGGCGACGCCGCCGCUCGAGUGGAUCGGCUUGCAUAGGGAGAGGCUGCCGAACCUGACGCACCAGAUCGUCAUCGUCUCGCUGCUCGAGCUGGCCGGCGAGGUCGAGGACGCGUACGCCAAGAUCUUGGGGUCGUCGUGAUGGAUAAGUGAUAAGGGGGGAAGGUUGGAAGAAUGAGAAACAGGAAAGAAAGGAGAAAUAUCAAGAUACUAGGAAGAUGGAGACAGACAGACACGUACAGAGAGAGGGGGGGAGGAGAGAGAGAGAGAGAGGUGGCAUUCAUGCAUCGGAAAAAUUAGCAAUUUGCA